GCUAUAAAACCAGUCCACCGUGAGCGCGGCGGCGAAGCAGCGGCCUCGGCAACGGUGCGGACGCCUAGCAGCAGGCGCGCAGCCGCCCGGCCACCCCCAACACCUUCUCUCCCGAGCCUUGAGCUCCUGCCCCAACUCACGCCGCCCUCGGACCCCAGCCUGUCCGGUUGAGCUCAGCGCUCGAAGCUCGCCGGGCCAACGCCCAGGAGACCCCCUGCCUCGGCUGCGGCUCCUGGAGGGCCAAUAGCCCACCCGCCCGGGCCCGCCUGAGGACGGGGGCGCCUUCAUGCGGCUCCUAAACCCCUCACCCCGCCGCCGCCGCCGCCGCCUCCGAGCUCCGCGCGCUGCUCCCCAGCCCCAGCAGGGCACGCAACUUUGGAAGUCCCGCGGCGCUCCGAGAGGCGGCAGAGUCAGCACCCUGGCCCCAGCUCGGGCCCCGCCGGCCACGCCGUGUCUGGGGGAAGCGAGAGAGUCGGUAAUCGCUUCGGGGAUGUAAGGAGACAGACGUAGGACCCCAAGCCAGCAUCAGCACCCCUCGGCUGCCUCCCGGGGUGGGGGCGGGCCCCGCACACGGUAAGACCUCUUGCUUUCGCUCAGGCUCAAGAGUCAAAGAUAUAGAUAUAUAAUUUCCUGUCAUUCUUCCAAGUCAUCAAGCCACAGAUGAUUUUGUUCUCCCUUCUUGAAGAAUAAAUCUCUCUUUCCCCAACGGCUCGACCUACUCUCUCCCGCCGCUUAGAAAUAAAACUUGGCUGUGUUUAGGGAGCGGGAGCGAGAAGGCGCAGACCCCCAGCGCCCGAAGCGCGGGCCGGGCGCAGUUAGCGGGAGCCGGGUCCAUGGGCCGCUAGCGGUACCGCAGCUCGUGCCCGGCCUCCCUGAGGCCCCUUCCCCAUGUGAGGCGCGGCUGGGCGAACGGGGCGCAGGAGGAAGAGGAGGACCUACAGGCGCGGGGCCGGAAGGCAGCUGGCAGCAGGCCCAGGCGAACGGGCACCCGCGUUCAUGUUCCGCCAGGAGCAGCCGCUGGCCGAGGGCAGCUUCGCGCCCAUGGGCUCCCUGCAGCCGGAAGCGGGCAACGCGAGCUGGAAUGGGACAGAGGCGCCGGGGGGCGGCGCCCGGGCCACCCCCUACUCCCUGCAGGUGACACUGACGCUGGUGUGCCUGGCCGGCCUGCUCAUGCUGUUCACCGUGUUCGGCAACGUGCUUGUCAUCAUUGCCGUGUUCACAAGCCGCGCGCUCAAGGCGCCCCAGAACCUCUUCCUGGUGUCUCUGGCCUCGGCCGACAUCCUAGUGGCCACGCUUGUCAUCCCUUUCUCGCUGGCCAACGAGGUCAUGGGCUACUGGUACUUCGGCAAGGCGUGGUGUGAGAUCUACCUGGCGCUCGACGUGCUCUUCUGCACGUCGUCCAUCGUGCACCUGUGUGCCAUCAGCUUGGAUCGUUACUGGUCCAUCACCCAGGCCAUAGAGUACAACCUGAAGCGCACGCCACGCCGCAUCAAAGCAAUCAUCGUCACCGUGUGGGUCAUCUCGGCCGUCAUCUCCUUCCCGCCGCUCAUCUCCAUCGAGAAGAAGGCAGGCGGCGGUGGCCAGCAGCCGGCCGAACCGCGCUGCGAGAUCAACGACCAGAAGUGGUACGUCAUCUCGUCUUGCAUCGGCUCCUUCUUCGCGCCCUGCCUCAUCAUGAUCCUGGUCUAUGUGCGCAUCUAUCAGAUAGCCAAGCGCCGCACCCGCGUGCCGCCCAGCCGCCGGGGUCCUGAUGCGGCCGCCGCGCUGCCGGGGGGCGCCGAGCGCAGGCCCAAUGGCCUAGGCCCCGAGCGCGGCGUGGGUCGCGUGGGCGCCGAGGCCGAGCCGCUACCCGUCCAGCUAAACGGUGCCCCGGGGGAGCCCGCGCCCGCUGGGCCCCGCGACGCUGACGGGCUGGACCUCGAGGAGAGCUCCUCGUCUGAGCACGCCGAGCGGCCCCCUGGGCCCCGCAGGUCCGAGCGCGGCCCUCGGGCCAAGAGCAAGGCUCGGGCGAGCCAGGUAAAGCCCGGGGACAGCCUGCCACGGCGCGGGCCGGGGGCGCCCGGGCCGGGGGCGCCCGCGACUGGGGCCGGGGAGGAGCGCGGCGGGGUCGCCAAGGCGUCGCGCUGGCGCGGAAGGCAGAACCGCGAGAAGCGCUUCACCUUCGUGCUGGCGGUGGUCAUAGGCGUGUUCGUGGUCUGUUGGUUCCCCUUCUUCUUCACCUAUACGCUCACGGCCGUAGGCUGCUCGGUGCCGCCCACUCUCUUCAAGUUCUUCUUCUGGUUCGGCUACUGCAACAGCUCGCUGAAUCCGGUUAUCUACACCAUCUUCAAUCACGACUUCCGCCGCGCCUUCAAGAAGAUCCUCUGCCGUGGGGACAGGAAACGGAUCGUGUGAGCGCUGAGUCCGCUCCCAGCGAACAGACUCCAAGCCGUCCGCUGGCAGCUGGGAUUGAGGGGCGCGUCUAUGUAGUUCUUAGCCCUCUGAAACCCGGGUCCUGCCUAUUCCGAGUUUCUUGUCGGGAGGGUUGCUCUGCGGCGUUCUGCCAGCAUCUGCGCUCCCCUACCAGAGAAAAGUACUGGUUGCGAGGGCCCCACACCGCCCCCCACCCAAUUGUUUUUAGGGCUGCUCGCACUCAGAGCAAUCUUCCUGGGUUUUUGGGCAGCUCCAAAUCAGUGUUGUUUCCUAAAGGUAUUUUUUCUCUCCCCUGGGUCCAGCUCUCCAUUAAUUCAGAGUAAGCACGAGAGCCCAGAGGGCAUGGUUCACAAAGGGUUAAUAGAUAGGGGCUACCCAGCCCUGGCAAAUUGCCCUCCCCUUCCCCCAAUUCUCUUUUUAAACAAACCGAGCAGGGCAGCUCUGCCGCCCUCCCAUCCCCACCCUGUAAAUACUCACUAUUUUUGAUAGUACGGGGGUGGGGAGGGUGGGGAUGGUC